GUCUUUGUUGAAAUUGCAGUGUCUUUCUUCCGAUUCGCGAAGGCAUACAAAACACGAGUUCAGAUCUCGGUGAAACUUGAAGGGCGCCCUCAUCAACUUGGAAGCUCCACCAAGACAACAGGUGGCCUUAUAUUUCUUUCUCAGCACGUUUCUGCAGGCUCUUCUGUGAAGGCACUUUCUGCAGAUUAAAGGGAGGAUGGCCACAAUGACGGCGGCGGCCCGGCAGACGGUGUCUUCUGUUUCGGGUUUGGCGCAUCUUAGCGGUGCUUCGCAUUUGACACAGGGAGCAGCGGCUUGCCCCUCAAGCCGGAUCUUUCCUUCAGUUCAAGGCAGCAGAACAAGGCAACCAGCAGCUAGAUCUGUUAUAGUGAGGGCGGCGGAGAACGAGUCCGAGGGCGGGCAAACAGAGGUGAGGCCGCUUGGGCGAGGAGGCCCGUCUUCAGACAAUCGGAGGUGGGGUUACACAGAGUUUGACUCAGCGGGGCAAAAGAACAUUUAUGCCGUUGAGCCGAAAAUCUAUGUCGCAGACAACGCUUUUAGCACGGGGAAGAAAGGUACCGAGGGGCAGGGAAGCAGCACCCUUGUCUUUCUUGGGAUUGGCGCUGCAGUGGCUGUCGGAGCCGUUGCCAGCUUAAACCUGCUGGGCAACGCCCCAUCUGCGGCUCCCAGCGCUGCUAUUUCCACCGUUGCGGGCGUAGAUGUUCCCCCUCUUAGCUUUUACAUUGAGAAGUUUAGUCAGACGCCGAGCCUAGAUUCAGCCUCGCUUCCAGCUCCUGAAGUGAGCUCGAAAGCGAUCGCAUCCGCUGCUGAGGUUAUUCCCGAGGCUGCUGUUUCAGCCGAGUAGGUACAUGUACGAUAGUUGCAAAGCUAGUCUCUUAUUGGUAUCGGAUAUUGAAGCGAGGGAGGUGUUUGUUGUGUUGACCAUUUUUGCAAUGAGCUCUAUGGCUGGGUAUGAACCCCUGCCGUUGCUAUUACCGUAGCAAGUGACCACACGGUGCACUUGAAGAACUCUUUGUUGUUCCGUGCAUCCUGUCGCUCCGCAUGCCCAGCCAGACUACUAGUACAAGUUCAUGCAAUCACGUUUCCCCA